CAGCUGUCAAUAUUUUUGACAUAAAGACGAAACGUCAACAAAUUUAAUGUUUUUUAGGUAAUUCAGCGUCAAUUUGGUCUAAAAAAUGACGGAAGUUAAAGUGGAGGUGACGGGGGAGAUGGAGGCGCCUCUAGAUUUGCCCCAGAAAAAUUCUUUCCACAAUUUUUUGAAACUGCCGACUCAAAUGCCCGAUCCUAAAGAGUGGAUACAACAACAGAGGCAAAACGUACGCCCCUGGUUGGUUUUUAUACAAACAUCAAACUUUAAAACCCCUCCUUCAAUACCACGGUUGGGAAAACGAAUUAUGCGAAAUAUCGAGUAUUUUCAAGCGAAUUAUUUAUUUGUUUUCUUGGGCCUUAUAAUAUACUGCCUCAUAACAUCGCCACUGAUAUUGUUCGCCUUGUCAGCCACUUUCUACGCAGGUUAUAGAAUAAACAAACGCCACACGGAAACAAAGACUGUCAUUAUGGGGAAAGAAUUGACUUUGGCACAGCAAUACGGCAUUUUAUGGUUUUGCUCGUUACCUAUUUAUUACAUUGUGGGGGCGCACGGCGCUAUGUUUUGGGUUUUGGGGGCUUCAUUCUUUUUUAUAGGCUUACACGCUAGUUUCUAUAAUAUUGAGGCUAUUAUACCCAGGAGUGAGGAUAGUUUUCCACUUUUAGAGCAAGUUUAAAUAAAUAUAGUAAAAAAAUCCAUUCAUUAUUUGUAUUAAUACUGUAAAUAAACGUUUUUA